AUGUCAGAUAGACCUGAACGCACUGAACAGGAGGAAGCUAAUAGUAGAGUGCAGACUUCUGAACAAGGAACAAUUCCCCCUACUGCACCACCUGUGGUAUAUCCGGUUGCUCCUCCACCUCAUUCAAUAAUUGAAACUAGUAAACGUUCUCCGAUUGAAAAGCUUAGGAAGUUUGGAGCUGAGGAAUUUCGAGGGAGAUCAGAUGAUGACCCUGUAAAAGCUGAGUAUUGGCUACAGAGUUUGGUAAGAAUUUUUAAACAGAUGGAUUGUUCUCCGGAGGAUUAUCUACUAUGUGUUGUCUCAUUGUUAAAUGAAGAAACAUAUAACUGGUGGGAAACUGUGGAAGCUGUAGUACCUGCAGAGAAACUUACUUGGGAAUUUUACCAGAAUGAGUUUAAAAAGAAAUAUGUGGGGAAAAGAUACCUCGACAAGAAAAAGAGAGAAUUUCUUGAUCUACGACAGGGAAAUAAGUCAAUGGCUGAAUACGAAAGAGAAUUUGUCUACCUCAGUAAAUAUGCUCGAGACAUUGUACCUACUGAAGAAGAAAUGUCUAUCAGAUUUGAAGAAGGGUUAAAUGAUGAGAUUAGAAUGAUGAUUGGGGUAAUGAAAUACGGAGUUCGUUGUUCAUCGAAUCCGUGCUCAAAAGCUCGAAGAAAUUUGCCGGUGAAGAAAUCUAGAGAAGAAAUUAGUCGAACUACAUCCGUGCCGGGAAGAUUGGGUAGAGGUAGAUCAAGACAAUCUGAUUUCAGGGUUUUUGAUAGACCUGCAGCAAGUGUGAGUAGUGUUCAGAAUACUCUCCGGCCUAAGUGUCAAUAUUAUGAAAGACAUCAUUUCGGUGAAUGCAGGACUAAGAUGGGGGCUUGUUAUAAAUGUGGGGCUACUGAUCAUCUUAUUCGAGAUUGUCCCCAGCUGCAAAAAGAUUAA